UAGCUGGUGGCCCAUGUAGCUGGCAUGGCAGAGGCGGAGGUGCAGAUCCCUCUGCUGGAGUUGGAGGAAGCCACCCCAAUCUCUGCAGGGGACUGGUCUGGCCGGGGUCAUCAUCUAAAGUUCCCCAAACCUGGUGGAGCGCAAAGAAGGGCUUUGUUGGUGCCUGGCUUCCUGGGAGAGCAGGAAACCGAAGAGAUCCACAAAGAGGCCCGGCGACUGGCAGAUGCAUCGCCCAAAGAAGGCGCUGCUGCCUCACUGGAAGUGAUUCAGUGUGGUGACUUCCGGCACCCAUCCAUGGAAGCUUUGUUGAAGCCCUUGCAGAGCAGGCUGAUGCCGUUGCUGAAGCCGCCGGAGCUGGUGGCAAGCUCUGCAGCGGUGAGGUGGCCCAAGACCGAAACCUCAGGUCUUCGGGCGGAGUGCGUGGCGGAUCAUGACCACUGCUGCACCGCUGUGCUUGUCCUUGGGGCCCUCGAGCUGCUGGUGCAGCCAGUGCCAGCGCGGCGCUCACGACGCAGGAGGUGGUUGGCAGCAGGCGACCUGCUGGUGCAUUACUUUGAUCUGCCAGUGCUGCUGCAUGGCUGUUACCUGCUGUUGAAGUUCAAGGACUCCUUGCUGUCGUGUCUGACCAACACGGCACCGUGGCAAUUGAACUUGGCCAAAGAGGGUGAUGCGGAUGCUCAGCUGGCCCUGGCCAUGCAGUUGGAAGGACGUGAUGCGAACUCGUCGGAGGUCUUUCGGUGGCUCCAUGCAGCUGCGGAGCAGGGACAUGCGGAGGCGCAGGCACGCCUGGGGGAGCGCUGCCAGCAGUCCGAGCAGUCUGAGCAGUCCGAGCAGUCCGAGGCUUUGCGUUGGUUACACGAAGCGGCCUUGCAGGGCCACGUGCGCUCGCAGCGGCUGUUGGCCGAGCGACUCCACAGAUCGGGCAACGUGGCGGAAGCGCAGAAGUGGCUGAGACGAGCGGCGGAGGAGGAGGAUUUGGUGGCCACUGAGCAUUUGGUGGUUUGCCUCGUGCGCGAGAAUGAGCUGUCAGAGGCACUACGCUGGUGUGAACGCGGCGCACGACUGGGGUCUGCAUCCUUGCAACAUCGCUUGGCCAUGCAUCUGCUGAUGGGUAAGAACUGUGCCAAGGACGAGGCUGGGGCCAUGAAAUGGCUGCGCUGUGCUGCCGAGCAAGGCUAUGGCAUGGCGCAGAACAACCUCGGAGUGCUGCUGGCUGCAGGCUUUUGCGGCCCCGCCGAUCUGUCGGAGGCGCAGCGCCUCUGGCGCCUCGCCGCCGACGGCGGCGACGCCUUGGGCGCCGCCAACCGCAGCGCGGGCGACGGCGGCGGCGUUGCCGUGGUGAUGAGCCAAGGGCAACGGAGGAAGUUGGAGGAGUUGAUGAAGGAGGUGAAAGACCUUGCAGUAGAAGCGCAAAAUGCGCAGAGUCCACUGCAGCUGCAGGUGCAGCAUCUCUCUUCACUCUUGCAGCAGCUGAACCUUGUUUCGCCCAUCCCCAGCACGGUGCCUCCUGUGCUGACCACAGUGACCGUGGCAGCGGAGGGGCUGGCGACGCAGCGGCCCUUCGUGCUGAGAGAGGCCAUGAGUUGCCUCAGUGGGCAGAGGAUCCUGGAUUUCAUGCCGCGACUGAUGAUGGCCUGCGGUAGGGAGGUUGUGACCUACGAAGUGCAACGGACGGCUUCGGCUGAAACUUUGGCGGCCCCCUUGGCGCAGUAUAUCCAACAGCUGCAGCGCAGCGAAGGUGGGGCGGCCUACUUCAUGAUGUCUGACCGCCUGCUGGACCACCCUGAGCUUUCGGAUCUCCUUGCCGUGCCUGAGGGCUUGGCAGCUGCAGGUGUUGAGUUUCAGCUGCCCUCCCUGGCGCUGUCGGGGCGUCGCUGGUUACAGGUGGGGGGCCAGGGAGCUGCCACGCGAUUGAAGAAAGAUCCUGUGGUGGCUGGCACCUGGCACAUGCUGGUCCUAGGUCGAGUUCGUUGGGUUUUUCUGCCGCCGGAUGGAACAACAUCGCACAGCCAAAGCUGCUGGGGCGAGCAGACGUCCCAGGAGGAUGGCGUCACCGCGCAUCCUGAUUGCCUUUCCAUCACCCAGGAAAUGGGCGAGGUGCUGGUGGUGCCUCCUGGCUGGUGGCAUCAGCUGAGCUUUGAGGAUCGGGUGCUGUCCAUCAGCGCGCAGUUUCUAGCGCAGGAACACGUGCCGCUGGUGUACAAAGAAUUGCAGCUCUUAGGGGCUGACGCUGAUGUCACAGAAUGGCUUGCCAAGAAGGCGCCGGAUCUGGCCGCCGCGGAGCGGAGCUCGGCGAUGUGGUGUCCGGUGUCGAAAGUAUGCUUGGUGGCCCGAGUGGAAAACUGGUCGCUGGCGAGUCUUGCAGGCAUGUUGGCCACUUUGGUCACUGUGCUGCUGAUUGGCAUCUUUGCCACCGAGACCGGCUACGUGAACAGCACCGGACACGCCAGCGGCAUGGCCAUGUUUCUCACCUUGCUCUUUGCCUUCUACAAAUUCGGCUUCCACGAGCUGGUGCAGAUGUCUCGAGAAGCUGCCUGGCGCAUCCACGCCACUUUGGGGCUGAUGACGCUGGUGAUGGGCUUGGCUCAUUUGGUGCUGGUGUUCCAGAAGCUCGGGGCGGAGGUGGUCUUUGGCCAUGUGCCGUCGGUCUUCGGGCUGGUGAGUUUGCUGCUGAUGCUGCUGGGCUCCCUUCCAGCCAAAUUCUUGAUCUAUGACUACUUCAAACUGCUGCACUUCCUGAGUUUUAUCGGGCUUCUGUUCACAAUUUACCACAUGAUCGAGGCAGCAGUUCGACACCGGAAUCUCAUCACAAUUGUCACAGCAGUGGUGAACUGCGCUGUGCUUCUGGCAUAUGUGGGACAAAGAAGUUAUGUUUGGGCAUUUGCGAGGAAGGCUGUGGUCAGGAAGUCAGAGGUGAUUGCGGAAAAGGAUGGAGAGCACAUUUUCCUGUAUCUUUCCGUACCAGGCUUCAGCUUCAAAGUUGGACAAUGGACACGCCUUUGGAUCCCCAGUUUGUCCUCAGUGGCUCAUCCUUUCACCCUGAUCCCAGCAAACGAACCUGGCGCGGACGUAGCCCUGUUCAUCAAGGUGGCCGGUGCCUUCACGCAGAGGCUGGCGGCCCGGCUCCGCGAGGGCCACUUGGAGCGGCUCCAGAUCUCCCUGCAGGGACCGUUUGGACGGCCGGCGGUCGCCGCGGUUCCGCCGGUGGUCUACGUCUGUGGCGGCGUGGGGAUCACCCCUUGCCUUGCCGCCCAGGGCCUGUCAAACGGCCGGGGGCGGCUCUACUGGGCACUGCGCAGCGAAGCGUUGCUGCGGAGGGUGAUGGAAAGAUUGGAGCUGGAUGAACUGAGCUGUGUGAAGCUGAAGGGACGGCAGGAGAGCAUUACCGCUUGGUUGGAAAAGGUGGCCAAACAGCAGGCUUCCGAGGGACAAUGGAAUGGGACCAUUUUCGUGUGUGGACCCAAAAGCAUGUCGGACGAGGUCCGGAAAGCCGUGAAAGCCAGCAGGAUGAGUGGAGUGAAGUGGCACGUGCACACAGAGGAGUUCCGAUUUCUGCCCAAGUUCUGCCGGCCUAACGGGGUGGAUGGCACCAUUCCAACUAAGGCAGAAGGGAACCUCUCCAGACAGGAAGUAUAG